AUUAUUGUGUGUCAAACUUGUGUACCCACCUGCGAUUUCCCGAUAAUGCUGGCGCGGGUAGCACGCCGCGUGCAGCGGUCAACGCCCCGCCGCGCCUUCAGCGCCGCAACAGGAGGAACCAGCGCCACCGAAGAUCGUACUGAGUCGCUCUACUUCACCACGCGUGGUCACAUUAAAGGGCGAGAAGUGCUGGAGGAGUUCGGAAUGGUGUCGGCUGUGGCUGUGCGCUCCAAGUCCGUCAUUAGUGACAUGUAUGUGGCUCUAGCGGGACUCGUGGGUGGCGAAGCUGCGUCGUACACUUCGUUGAUGAACGAGACGAUGGCUGAGGCGGUACAUCGAGUGCAGUACGCGGCUAGAGCUCAGGGAGCCACGGCAGUCAUUAACGUCCGGUUCGACUCGAAUACGACAAUGAACCGACUGGUGUUCGGUAUGCAUUGCUCAGUUAUCUGCUAUGGAACAGCAGUGAGGUGCCGUCCUCUUCCUCCUGUGACGAACAUCACUCUGUGAUAAAUAAAUGAUGAGAUGUUGAAUGAGGCAUUUUUAUCCGUUAUUUGGAG